AUGCUGGUAAAUUCAGCAUUCGGCCGCAGCUUCCUCUUCCUGACUAAUCUCGCCUGGAAGGUCCGGGUCGCGCUGCCGGCGCUGAUCAUGGCCGGAUGCAUGGUGUUUAACUAUCGGGGCGAGAUCGAGAUCAACAUCUACACCGAACGGAUCCCGCUACACGGCCAUCCCAAUCUGGGACAGGAAGGCGUUGGUGCUGCCCUUGGCGGUCUUGCGAUGGACGAGGACGACGAUGAUCCGUUCGGUAAUUACGACAGCGAUGAAGAGUAUACGGACGAUGAGGAAGAUCUAGAAUCGGCGUCCUUCGACGAAGAAGACGAUGAGGACGAUGAUAAUAUUGACGGCGAUUGGCAAAAUGCGACGGUUCUGCUGUAUCGCUACGCGAUAGUCAAUAUUCACAACGCUCAUAGAUAA